GUACCCGGCGAAGCUUACUUUUCAACUCUGAACUUUAAACCCCAGCUUGGCUUGCGUGGCACUUAUAGAGGUACAGUAGUGGUUAAGAAACAAAUUUUAUGUACAAGUAAUGGCACUUAAAAUUAUUCACUUAAUUGGUAAUAAAACUGAAGUGACUGUACGAGGAGUGAGUAAUUUAAAAAAAAUUUGUUAUAGAGGUACAGCCUGAAAUAAUGUUUGUAGUAAGCUAUAAUAUAUAAAUAAGCUAGUAGUUUAAUGAAAAACAAUAUGUAAAAAUUACAUUUUUGGAAAUCAGAUUGAAGAAAGAUCUCUUUAAUAUCAUACUUGGCUAGGUCAUAAUGCUUGACACUUUUUAUUAUUAUCACGUGAGACAGACAAUAUGGAGGACUUCAUGGCAAGGUACAAGAUUUGGUCUGAGAACAAGACCGUAUGCGCCAGUCGUUCUAGUAAAACAAUUUGUAUUCAAAGUACAGGUAAAUGUAUUAGGCGGAUCAGAUAAGUUUGCAGGCGGCAAAUGUUGACGUGUAAAGAGAAGCUAAAGUUAGAACAGGGUUUUUAUCAUUAUAAAUACAUCAAGUCAAGACAGGCCCUUAAGGGAGAAUAUGUCAUUGUAAUCGUGAUGGGCUGUAGCUUGGAAUGUUGUAUUAACAAACUUUAAGAUGGUUUCAUCGUAUGUAGUCAUUAAAUUUGCUUGUUUUAAAUUGAAAAGUAUAGAAUGUGCUGUAAGCCAUCCCUUUCUUUGGUCUGGGGACAAAAAUCAUCAUAUCAUAUCAUUAUACAACAUGUAUACUUUAGAUGAAAGCAUGUAUCAACUAUAUAUGUUUUUUUUUGUUUUAUUAUAAUCUAUCAUAUUUUUAUAAACAGGUGACCUGGGUCGUCUAGCAAGGGCCAAGCAUCUAUUUGCCAACAAGUUCUACCUAGAGGAAGACCGUGUUGUCAUUGAAUGCCUGCAGAAGAAAUUGUUCAACGACACAAGGGAUAAAUAUUUGGGGACUAAAGCGUUUGAUGAAUCUUAUCACGCAAAUUUG